CGCGCUAUUCUCUUUAGUGUUUGCCGUGUUUAUGUUCACACUCUCUACCUCUCUCCCGUAUUUUCAUGCUAAACCAGUCCAGAACACCCCUAAACCAGGACUAAAUCGAACAGACAGUACUCUUUAACGUUUUAACUCAUGGAGUAAAUUGCAACAGGAGCGAAAUAAACCGAGUUUCAGAAGAGAUUUCAACAAUGUUUCAGCUUUGCUAAGUCUGCAGUCCAAUGUAGAACUUUGCAGUCAUCUUUCAUUCUACAAACUGACACUGUCUCAUCCUCUCUCUGUUCACAAUAAAAUUGUGUUCUCCUGACUGCAAAGUCUAUACCUGGUUAUUUAAUCAACCUGCCUCCUAUCAACCAAUCAGAAUGUCACAGCUUCAGUUUCAAGCACCUGUCAACCCUGCACCCAGUGCUGCCCCAUUACAGCUGGCUUCGCCUCAACCCAGGUUCAGUAUUCCUUGUGCCAACGCUUCCUUACCUUCAGAGAGUGCCAGUCACCCGCUUAGAAACUCCGCCCUGCCAUCUGCCUCAGCCACACCCUUUUGCAACCCUACAGUCUCUAACAUGGCAAACCCUAAAGAGAAGACCCCGAUGUGUUUGGUGAAUGAGUUAGCCCGUUACAAUAAGAUCCAACCUGAAUACAAGCUACUCAGUGAAACAGGACCAGCCCACUCCAAGAUCUUCUCAGUGCGGUUAACUCUUGGGGACCAGUACUGGGAUGCAGAGGGGACCAGUAUAAAAAAAGCCCAGCACUCUGCAGCAUCAUGUGCUCUCACCCAGACCACCCUGCCAAAACCCAGUCACAGAACCCCCCGGCACCCAGGAAAGACCCCAGGUGGGAUCUACAAGGGCUCAGAGUACAGCGUAACCCACACUGUGGAGCUAAAUGCACUUUGUAUGAAGUUGGGCAAGAAGCCCAUCUAUAAACCUAUAGAUGCCUACCAGGGGAUGAGACCAGCAUUCAAUUACAAUAUCAGAGCACCAGGCCCGUAUGCUCGCUCCAUGCAUCAUUAUUACUACCCAUUUCCCCCGGUGGGGCCAGUACUGUAUCAUAUGGAGCUGUCUGUCGGCGGACAGCAGUUCCACGGCAAGGGCCGCACGAGACAGGCAGCCAAACACGACGCUGCUGCUAAAGCCAUCAAAUACCUGCAAAAAGAGCCAAUACUGCAGCAAAUGGCAGAGAUGACAGAGGAACCAGAAGAAGAAAACCUCAACAAAUCGGAGAUCAGCCAAGUGUUUGAGAUUGCUCUGAAACGCAACAUGUCUGUGAAUUUCGAGGUGCUGAAAGAGGCGGGGCCUCCUCACAUGAAAAGCUUUAUGGUAAAAGUUAUAGUGGGCGAGUUCUCAGGCGAGGGGGAUGGCAAGAGCAAGAAAAUUGCCAAGAAGCUGGCUGCCAUCGCUGUGCUGGAGGAGCUACGCAAACUACCCCAACUUCCUGUCAUGGACAAGAUGCCGCUACGCAUUAAAAAGAAAAGCAAAUCCAUUAUUAAGCUUCAGACCAGCCCAGAGUACGGUCAGGGCAUGAACCCCAUCAGCAGGCUAGCUCAAAUCCAACAAGCCAAGAAAGAAAAAGAGCCUGAGUAUACAUUGGUGACCGAGAGAGGUCUGCCCCGACGCAGAGAGUUUGUCAUGCAGGUGUCUGUUGCGGGGCAGACUGCUGAGGGAAUGGGUCCUAGUAAAAAAGUGGCCAAGCGAAAUGCAGCCGAGAAGAUGCUGGAGCUUCUUGGGUUCAAAGUGCCUCAGCCACAACCCCCAAAACCGGCACUGAAAACCGAGGAGAAGCCACCUGCUAAGAAACCUGGAGAUGGACGAAAAGUGACCUUCUUUGAGCCAGGUUCUGUGGAGAAGGCAAGCCUUGUCAACAAGGAGGAAGAUUUCCGAAUGCCCUUCCUCAGCCAUCAGCAGCUCCCUGCCGGAAUUUUACCCAUGGUUCCCGAGGUGGCACAGGCAGUGGGUGCCAACCAGGGACCCCACGCCAAAGACUACGGUCGUCCAGUAGUUCCUAACCCAGCCAAAGCCACAGUAACAGCCAUGAUUGCCAACGAGCUCCUGUACGCUGGCACAUCCCCGACUGCAGAGAGUAUACUGAAGACCAACAACAGCUUGGCACACAGACCCCAUGGGCCUCUUACCAGACCAUCCGAACAGCUCGGCUACUUGGCUAACGUACAGGGCUUACAUGUUGAAUACAAAGACUUCCCAAAAAAUAACAAGAACGAGUUUGUGUCACUGAUAAACUGCUCCUCUCAGCCUGCUCUGAUCAGCCAUGGCAUCGGCAAAGAAGUGGAGUCCUGCCACGACAUGGCUGCUCUGAACAUCCUUAAGCUUCUGUCUGAGCUCGACCAACAGUUGAGUGAUCGCACAGCUAAUGGACAGAUAUCAGGGUGCAGCAAACAAGACAUAGAGGCCGACCCGUUACUGAAACCGGCUAACUCAAGCACCAUCGGAAAGACUCUAGACGGCACAGUCUAAAAUCCAACGAUUCAUCUGAUUGGUCGCUUUGUCUGCGAAACACUAGAGAAAAGUCAGAAGCAGAGUUACGAUUGGCUGCUCACAAAAGCCUAAAUCGUAUUAAAUGUUCUAACUCAAAUCUAAAUCAAAGUGAAAAUACUCUAAACAAAACGUUUAGAGGUUUGAUGUUGUUUCAUUGUACAAAUUGGUUUCUUUUAAUCGCUAAGGGUUUUGAAAAAGUUCUAGGUUUUCAUCAUAUCCGGUGAAGUGGCGGUUUCGUUUUCGUUGUUGAAUUGUUAAAUGAUACUCGUGACGCUUUUCUUGAGUCGACAGACUUUUCUUUGUUGUUGAGGAAGUCAUAUUUUCAGUGUCAUAACUUUUUCUUUUAUGCUUCUCCUAAUAUUAUUAUUAUAAUUAUUAUUUUAAAUGUUGUAUUAUAGGAACCCAGUGAGUUGGGUUGUUGUUAGCGCUGUUGUGAAGUGCAGUAUAAACCCCACUGAAGGAUAUGAUGAAGCUAUCAAACACGUCUCUGCUGUGGUGGUUUUUCUCCAGUGCUUUUUAAGUUAGUAUAGCGGCCAUAACACAAAACAAAAACGACUUGUGACUUUAGUGUAGAGCGUGUGGUGGCGUUAAGCGUCAUCUGUGCGUGCGUGACAGAAAGAGGUUAUGAAUGUACGUUUCAAGCACGAUAAUCUACAGUCUUGUCAGUUAAACUCAUGUUUCCUUCUCUCAGUGUUGACCCCGCCCACUCUGCAAGUUACAUCUUUUUCCUCAUGGAGUACGAGUAAAAUGAUGUGCCUAUUACACAACAAAAACUUGUCUGUGUUUUGGGGUGAUGGUUAAAAUGGUGUUAAAUUUGCAAAGAACAGCAAAGAAAAGAUAAUGACAAGUAAUCUUUUCCAAAUGCCAUGAGUCAUGUAGUGCCAUAAAGGAGCAUACCGUGGCGUUGGGAUGAUGAGGUUGUCACGGUUGGUGACAAUGCUUGUUCUGCAAUGAAUGUACACUAGAAGCUGAUCUAUGAGAAUAACAUUCAUUGCCUGCUGUACACAGUAGGGAUGCACGGUAAAUUAUCGGCCACAUCGGUAUCGGCCGUUAAAUGUUAAUUCUUUAUGUUAUCUGUAUCGGCCGAUACCGAUAUGGCCGAUAAUUUAUCGUGCAUCCCUACUGUAUACAGCAGUAUAUCAAAUUUAGGCCAAAAUAAUUUAGCCGAUAAAUCAUAAAUCAUUUCCUCUGGUUAAACUUCUUCAGCUGCACACUGCUCACAGUUAAAACAAAGUACAGUGCUGUCUUUUUGUCGUGAUCAUUUACUUAAUGCUAUUAGCAAAACAUUGUUGAUGUAGGCAGUAUGUAGAUAUUUAUGAAUGUGUAAAUUAUAGGAACAAAAGCAUAUUCUUUGAAUCAGACGGCUGUCUGAAUGCUAUCGGUCUUGAGACCGGUUAGACAUGUGGCUAUUAACAAAUUUUUUCUGGGUUGCUCUGGAAGAACAUCUAUAAUUUGUUUAUUAAAUAAAAACUAUAUCAGAAAA